GACGCUGCUUUUUUUUGCGUGCGGCAGCUGAAAGAAAAUUAAAUUGCAAAAUUAUAAAACAAAAAUUGGCAAAAAGCGCAGUUAGACACACUUACUGGCAUAGCACAUAGUUUGGACGACUUCGUCUAAUAAUUGCUACUGCCAAAAACGGAGACACGGAUACGGCGCUACACGUUUUUGUACACAGAUAAAUUUUCAUGCUAAGACCGCACCGCCGCAAUGGCCGAGUAUUUAGCAUCCAUUUUUGGCACAGAAAAGGACAAAGUAAACUGCUCAUUUUACUUUAAAAUCGGCGCCUGCCGUCAUGGAGAUCGCUGCAGUCGUAUCCACAACAAGCCGACAUUUUCGCAAACAGUUUUACUGCAGAAUUUGUAUGUAAAUCCGCAAAAUUCAGCUAAAUCAGCGGACGGAUCACAUCUGGUGGCCAAUGUGUCCGAUGAGGAGAUGCAAGAGCAUUAUGACAAUUUCUUUGAGGAUGUUUUUGUGGAAUGUGAGGACAAGUACGGAGAAAUUGAAGAGAUGAACGUAUGCGAUAAUUUGGGUGACCAUCUGGUCGGAAAUGUAUACAUCAAAUUCCGUAAUGAAGCAGAUGCAGAGAAGGCGGCAAAUGAUUUGAAUAAUCGCUGGUUUGGCGGACGACCAGUAUACUCUGAACUAUCACCGGUUACUGAUUUUCGUGAGGCAUGCUGCCGGCAAUAUGAGAUGGGUGAAUGCACACGUUCCGGAUUCUGCAAUUUCAUGCAUUUGAAACCAAUAUCCCGGGAAUUGCGAAGAUAUUUGUAUUCACGUCGACGUCGUGCCCGAUCUCGUUCCCGUUCGGCGCCCAGGCGACGUAGCCGCAGUAGGACACGUUCACCACGCCGGCGUCGAGAUGACGACUAUGAUCGAGGUGGUAAUAAUGAUCGUGGCGGUAAUAAUGAUCGUGGUGGUAAUAAUGAUCGAGGUGGCAAUAAUGAUCGAGGUGGUAAUAAUGAUCGAGGUGGUAAUAAUGAUCGUGACCGGCGUAAAGUUGGUGGUGGCAACAGUGGUGGUGGUGGAGGAGGCGCCGGCGGGGGUGGCGGCGGAGGAGGUGGACGAUAUUGAACUAUUUGACAAUUCAUAUGAAUGAAAGGACACUAACAACAACAACAACCAAUGUCGUCAGGAUAUCGUGAAUUUUCUUAAAACUGUCUCAUUUUACUUUCUUCAUUCUCUUGAGUUUUUGUUUUAUUUUCGGGGUGUUCCACCACCAAUGUACAAAACACCCAAGCUAAUUAGAAUUGUAAUUACUUAUACACACAUUCGUAAUAAUAAAAAUUGAGUAAUAUUAUAUACAACAAAAA